AUGAAGCUUGACUGCCUUUUCAACGUGCUACGGUACAAUUGUUCUCAAGAUGCUGUCACCUUGAUUCUAAACUACUUCAAAGAAUCUGUGCCUCGAGGUUGUGUGAUACUACGCGACUACUCGGCAGAGUUGGAGGCGAGUCGAGUGCGUUUACAACAUCAACAACAACAAAUUCAUAGGUUCGAGCAGCAAAGACGGCAAAAGUCCUCUCCCUUAAAAUCAGCACAGCAUCAAUCUAUUCCUCGAGAAGAGUGGUCCAGAAUAAAUGAUAACGAUCAGACAAUUGAAGACUCAUUUGAGCUUGACGUCACCAGUCCAGCUGGAUUAUAUUCUCAAAAUAAUGAAGCUGCUGACAUGCCGCAACAAAGCCAUAACCUCUCUCCAGAAUAUAUGCAGCCAGACGGAAAAGAAGGAUGGGAAAGCUCUGAAAAGGAGCCAAUAUCCAGU